AAGCUUAGCGUGCCCAAAUUGAGUUUCUAGUGUAGUGUUUCUCAUGUGUUGUUGUUGGUCGGCGGGGGCGGCUGAAGAAAAAAAGAAAAAAGGCGUUUCGAAUCAAGAUUAAAGUCCGAGUGCCGAUUUGUACCAAGUGCCGGCACUAAUGAGAUGGUCUUCGGUGCUAUGCUGCUGACGGGCAACGGGCUCAAAGGUCCCAAACAGCAGCAACAUCAGCAGGAACAGCAGAAUCAGCAGGAGCAACAUCCUAUUCAGCGACAGGAGCAAUCCAAACCGGCUGCCAUUAGAUCCGCCAGCAAGGAGCAGGAUCCUCAGCCCAUUGCAGCCGGGUAUUAUGCCCUCGGCAUACGUAUACCCAAAUCGCCAUCGUUUCACAGUGGCCUAGAUCAGCUGGCCGACGACGAGUUGGAGGAUCAGGAUCGGGAUCAGCAGGGUCAGGAGCAUCAGCAGCAGCAACAGGCCGGCAGCAGAUUCAAGUUCACCAGCGUGGAGGAGCUGAAGGCCAAGUUUGAGGGGCGGAAAACGCCCCUCUCGCCACCCGAGGCAGCAGCCGGGGCAUCGGCAGCCGGAUCAGGAGCACCCACCACAUCCUCCUCACCCUCGUCCUCGUCCACCAGCUCCAAUUCCUCGGCCUCGGCCCUCUCCUCGCUCUCGCAGGCGGCCUCAUCGUCGCUAGCCUCGGCGGCGGCUAACUCCUCGGCCUCAUCCUCGGCGGCCACCUACGGUGGUGGGGCCAAUUCGGCGGCAGCGGCUCUAAUAGCCUCCUCGCCAUUUGGAUCGCAGUCCUCCACUUCUUCGUUGUCGCUAUCCUCGAAUGCCGGCAUGUCGAAGAACACGGCAGGAGCAGGAUCCUCCGGAUCGGGAUCUGGAGUGGGUAGCUCAACGACAGCGGGCCCCACGAGUACUGGCAGCUCGCUAGUGUCCACUCUGGCACAACACUUCUCGGCGGCCACAUCCGCCGCAGCCUCGGCGGCAGCCGCUGCCGCUUCCUCGGCGGCGUCCUCCUCAUCAGCUUCCUCAUCCACCGCCACCAACAACGCAGCCAGCUCCAUCGCCGCCAGCAAGUCACCUGUGAGCGCGGCCGCGGCCAUUAAGAACAUACUGAAUGCCACCAAGAAUGUGGGCACCAGUGCUGCGGCGGCGGCAGCAGCGGCGGCCACCUCCUCCUCAUCAUCCUCAUCCUCCGCCACGCCGGUGGUGCCGUCGUCCGCCGCCGCCGUCGUUGCCAUUUCCACAAUCAGCGAUAUGCCCGCAGAGGAGCUGCGUCCGACGGUGGCCCAGAAUCUGGUGGGCGGCAUUAGCAUCUCAUUGGGAAUUGGCCAGCGCAAUGGCGGGGCCGCACCCGCGCCAUCGGCAGUUUUGGCGCCAUCAAACGCCUCCACCCUGGUGGUGACCACGUCCAGCCUGAGCAUCCGGCAGAACGGUGACAUACUCCCGGGUCCUCCAGGAGGUCAUCCGGCGGGUCUCCAGGCAUCGCCCCAGACGCUGCAACAGCUGACGGGCAGUCCAGGAAGGGCUCGCGACCGGAAUCUGUUCUACUCGCCACCCACCGCUUCGGUUGCCCUGGCGCUGCCUGCACUGCGAGAAACGGCCGCUAGUGAACGGGAGGAGCUGUUCAUACAGAAGAUCCGACAAUGCUGCACACUCUUCGACUUCUCCGAGCCGCUGAGCGACCUCAAAUGGAAGGAAGUGAAGCGUGCGGCCCUGCACGAAAUGGUCGAUUUCCUCACCAAUCAAAAUGGCGUCAUCACCGAAACUAUUUACCCGGAGGCGAUCAACAUGUUUGCUGUCAACCUUUUCCGAACGCUGCCGCCGUCCUCUAAUCCGAAUGGCGCCGAAUUCGAUCCGGAGGAGGAUGAGCCCACGCUGGAAUCGUCGUGGCCGCAUCUACAACUUGUCUACGAGCUGUUCUUGCGCUUCUUGGAGUCACCGGAUUUCCAACCAAACAUGGCUAAACGUUUUAUCGACCAUCAAUUUGUAUUACAACUAUUGGAUUUAUUCGAUUCGGAGGAUCCACGUGAACGUGAUUUCCUAAAGACUGUUUUACAUCGCAUCUAUGGAAAAUUUUUGGGCUUGAGAGCAUUUAUUAGGAAGCAGAUCAACAAUGUCUUUUACAGAUUUAUUUAUGAAACAGAGCAUCAUAAUGGCAUAGCCGAAUUGUUGGAAAUCCUGGGCAGCAUUAUUAAUGGCUUUGCUCUACCGCUGAAAGAGGAGCAUAAACAAUUUUUACUUAAGGUAUUGCUGCCAUUGCACAAAGCCAAGAGCCUCUCCGUCUACCAUCCGCAGCUCACCUACUGUGUGGUGCAGUUCCUGGAGAAGGAUCCUAGUUUAUCCGAGGCGGUCAUCAAAAGCCUGCUUAAAUUUUGGCCGAAGACGCAUAGUCCCAAGGAGGUGAUGUUUUUAAACGAGCUAGAGGAGCUAUUGGACGUGAUCGAGCCGGCCGAGUUCCAGAAGGUUAUGGUGCCGCUUUUCCGCCAGAUAGCCAAAUGCGUUUCCUCGCCACAUUUCCAGGUGGCCGAGCGAGCGUUGUACUAUUGGAACAACGAGUACAUUAUGUCGCUGAUAGCGGACAAUUCGGCGGUGAUAUUACCCAUCAUGUUUCCAGCGCUCAACCGUAACUCAAAGACGCACUGGAACAAGACCAUUCAUGGUCUAAUCUACAAUGCGCUCAAGCUGUUCAUGGAGAUGGAUCAGCGGCUUUUCGAUGAGUGCAGCAAGAAUUACAAACAAGAGAAACAAAUGGAGCGUGAGAAGCUGUCGCAAAGGGAAGAGCUUUGGCAGCAGGUGGAGAGCCUGGCCAAAACCAACCCGGAAUGGACGAAGGCGGGCCGCUUCAAUGACUGCCUGCCGCUCAGCGACAACCGGGCCCUUUACGAUCAAUACAGCGAGAACAGCGAUCUAGCCUACGAUCAGAGCGAGCAGAAGGCGCGCCAGCCGCCGCCUCCGCUGCCGCCCCAGAAACAGGCGCUCCAGGAGCCCCGAGAGUAAAAACGUGAAUAUAUAAUUGUACAGUUGAAUUUGAAUUUUCUAACUUAAGGCGUAGGCGUUUACCACCUUGAUUGAGUAUAUCCCUCGACUUCUGCCACAUACUUCGACAUAGCUAUAUGACAUCCAAUUCUCACGACAUGCAUACACAAACAUACUAAAAUUUACAAAUAUUAUAUGCUAUUUAGCCUAGCAGUUAGCAGCUUACCUAUAAAUAUUUAUAAAAAAAAAAAAUUACCCAGAACAACAGAUAAAUUGUGGUAUGUAUGUACAUGAGUGUAUUUUUGUAUGUAUUACAUAUUAUAUAUAGAAAUAUAUGUGGGAAAACUGUAUUCCUAGAGAUCGAAAAACGGAAUUAGGAAUUUUUCGCUUCUUGAGGCCUGUCGAAGGAUCCUGAAGAUCUUGAAGAAAUAAAGAAUGUGCCAAUAUCUGGGCCCCUAACCACAGUUAAUAACCAGCAGGAGAAUAUAUAUAUAUUUAUAAGCAUCCUUCUAUCGUCACCAAUCCCCAUUCAUUCACAACAACAGACUUGGACUUUGCUGGUCGUAGCAUCUACUUCUAUAUGUUAAUCUAAAUAUAUACCUAUUUAAUAUUGGAUCCGUGUCAGCCACUCGUUUGGUUCUAUAGUCAUUGACGGGUCCGUUAGACAAAAAUGCAGAUAUUCUCAACUAUUCUGGAUAAAGGCGACGAAGCAGAUCAAAAGUUUUGCUACCACUACCCAGUGAUGUACACGCCAAGAAAACGAAAGGCUUCAGUUUAGCUAUAGACACAAAUAUAUAUUAUAUAAAGAGAUGUAUUUACAUAUUUUUGGCAUUAUAGAUACAUACACAAUGUGGAAAAUUGCAAACAAUAAUAAUGCGGAAAGGUAAAAGGGAAAGUAAUUCUUAGAAAGGCAGAUUUUUUCAUACAGGAAACGGUGAAAAUCAAACUUUUCAAUAUAAGAAUUAUAUUAUAUAUAAAAAAAACUAUAAUAUUUACUAAAA